AAAACAGAAAAAUAAAUAAAAAAAUAAAGAAAGAAAAGAGAAAGCUAAUAAAAAAUAUAUUAAAGUUAUAAAAAAAAAAAAAAAAAAAGGGGAAAGCUAAUCUUUUGUAUGCUUGUUUCUUUUGAGAGGAGAAAUGAAUAGAGGAAAUAUGUUGCAAAGUUCACCGGUGCAACAAAUGCUUGCCGGCGGUCCAAACAACUGGUGGAGUAUGAUGGCUGCCACCAGACCUUCCCCUCCGCCAGCUCCUCCUCAACCUCCCUUCUUCGCUGCUUCUGCACAACCACACUUCUUCCAUCACCAAUAUGCACCACCACCACCAGUUUCACUAUCUCCAUGGCAUGAUAAUCAUCACGACUUUCCUGAUUCCUUAAGCCAAUUACUCAUGAGCGGAUUAGUGGGAGAGGACGACAAGUCAACUUUGAGUCAUAUGCAACAAGUCAAGAAACUGGAGAAUUGGGAAGAACAACUACUUCAUGAUCAUCACAAUCAUCAUCAUCAUCAUCAGCAGAUUAAUCCCAUGGUAGAAUCUGGAGUGAAGCAAGAAAACUCACUUAAUUACGGAUCAUCAUAUGGCCAUAGCAACGUCGACUUUCAUGGCGUUAAACCAAAUACUUGGUCUAAUCCAAUGAUCCCCGUUUCAUCUCCUAACUCUUGUAUCUCGAGUUUGAGCAACAACAUGCUUGAUUUUUCUACCACGAUUAGUAACAAAACAGAUGGAAGACACCCUCCACCAGAUCGCUCAUCUGAGUGUAAUAGCACUGCUACUGGUGGGGUAUCCAAGAAAGCUAAAAUUCAACCUUCGUCAAACCAAUCUACCUUCAAGGUGAGGAAAGAAAAAUUAGGAGACAGAAUAACAGCACUUCACCAGCUUGUUUCUCCGUUUGGAAAGACUGACACAGCUUCUGUGCUGUUAGAAGCUAUUGGUUACAUAAGAUUCCUUCAGAGUCAAAUUGAGGCCCUCAGCUUACCUUACCUGGGCAGUGGAUCAGGAAGCAUGAGAAACCAUCAACACUCUGUUCAUCAAGGGGAGAGAAAUUGUUUAUUUCCUGAAGACCCAGGUCAGCUUCUGAAUGAUAGCUGCAUGAAGAUGAAAGGAUCUGCUCUUGACCAGGAUCCUAAUGAUGAACCAAAGAAAGACUUGAGGAGUAGAGGAUUGUGCCUUGUUCCGGUUUCAUGCACAAUGCAAGUUGGGAGCGACAAUGGAGCGGAUUAUUGGGCUCCUGCUCUAAAUGGAGGAUUCCGAUGAAUGGAUGAAAGGUUUAGGUCUAACAUAUUUCAUGGGCCGGGGUUAUGAUUUCACACAUGAAGAAGAAGAAGAAGAUCCAUCAAGAAAUGAGAUAACAUCAUGAGCAGUCACUCUGCUAAAAAAUAUUUCCAAGGCUGAUUGCUCAUGAUGCUAUGCAUCUCUUGGUGCUUUACAUAUGAUCUUGUGACAAAACUUAUGGUUGGGGCUUUGAUCAAAAGUCCCUCCAACUAUCUAGCUAAUUUUUAUGCACUUCGUUAUCCUUUCCCUUCCACUUCUUUUGUCCUAGUAUGUAUCAUGUAGAAUUUCAAAUAUUUGACAUUCUAGUAUGGUUAAGAAAAUAGUUAUUUAAUGGCGUUCACUUUAGCUACCAUUUAGUCAUGUGUAAAAUAUACACAUCAAUUAACGUAACAUUUUAAGUUUAUCACAAAUGCAACGACUCUCUU